AUGGGGGAGGACGCGAUCGCGAGCGCGGUGACGUUUCUGAGGCAUCCGAACGUACGGGCGUCCGCGGACGCGCGGGCGAAGCGUGGAUUCUUGGAGGGGAAAGGAUUGCGCGAGGAUGAGAUCGACGAGGCGUUCAGACGGGCGGGAGAGGACGCGAGCGCGUCGGGGGAGGGCGGGGGGGUGAAGAUGCCGGCGGAGGGAGUGAAGGGGUCGAUGGCGUCGAGCGCGCUUCGCCUGGUGGCGCUGGUGGGGGCGGGGUACUUGGCGUAUCCGAGCGCGAGGCGGUUGCUCGAGCGCGCGCGGGAUUACUUGGAGAAGAAGGGCGAUGCGGAGAGUGGGAAGGAAGGGACGACGGCGACUGUGAUGUCUACGCCGAUGGUGACGCCGCGGACGGAGUUCACGUCCGAUGGGUUGACCCCGGAGUUGACUCGAAGGCUCGAGCUCGUGGUGGAGAGCGCUGAACGCGCAGAGGAGCGGGCGGUGGAACUUCGAGAAGAGAUGAAGCGGGACGUGAGGGAGAGCGUGCGGGACUUGAAAUCGGAUCUCGAGACGCAGAUUCGUCUGGAGAUGGCGGAGCUAAAGAGGGCGUACACCGAGUCUCCGGUUCGGACGUCUUCGGCAAAGAAUGAAACAUGGCCGCUCAAGGCGAGUCCACCCGAGAGUGAAUCGGAUGGCGAGAGCGACGCUUUCACGCCAGAAUCUCGCAUGAAACCGCCGCGUUACGACGUAUCGCAGAUUGCCACGACGCCCUCGGAACAGCCGAACUACUUUUCCGCGUUGCAGACGCAACGACCUCCGAACCGAGCAAGCGACGAAUCCUUGGUCGACCCUCCGCACCCCGGAAACUUCAUGGACAUUCUCCAAAUGCUUGAAAACGGGAAGACCCCGCCCGGGAUCAAGGACGUCGACGACACGCCACCGAACCCCAACGCGGCCAUCCCGACAUCGAGCGCGAAUCGGCCUGGCAAGCCGUGGGAAGCAACUCCGUCAUUCGGCUCAAACGGUCGAUCUUUCAUGGAGGAGGACGUGCCGAUCAAACGCGUACAAGGCAACUCUACGUCGGAUUCCACUUGGAAGCCGCCUCCCGCGCCGGAAUUUUCGAGGGUAAUGUCAACCGCGUCUUCUUCGGAAACGAAUGAGCGUGCAGCCAUGUCACCGAAGUCGCCUCGAAGGAGCGUUGACGACAAGAGUGAUCGAGCUAAGGACGCCUCUCACUACGCGAAAACGCUCAUCUAG